UAAAAAAAAUGGUCGAUGUUCUGAGCCCCUUCACAAUCACACCCCCUCCUCCACCCUCUUUCUCAUCAAGCAAGAACACUAGUAUGCCCAUGUUAUACUAUGGCCUAGUUGUGGUUGGAACAACAGCAAUAGUGCUAACCCUAUACAACCUCAUCAUCAUCAAACGUUGCAACAGGCGCCACACGCAGUCACAAGAUACAGGACCACAUGGGUUAGUUGAAGGGGUCCCUCAAAAUAGAAGCUUUGAAAACCCACAAAGGAACUUGCUCUCAAGCUUCAAAUACAAGAAAGAGUUGGUGGUAGCGAAAGAAGAAGAUCAAGAAGAGCAAAGAGGUGAUGGUGAUGAUUAUGAAUGCCCAGUUUGCUUAUCAGUUUAUGAAGAAGGGGAAGAGGUGAGGAAGCUACCACGGUGCAAGCACUCUUUUCAUGCUAUUUGUAUAGACAUGUGGCUUUACUCUCACUUUGAUUGCCCAAUUUGUAGAACACCCGUUGGGCCUUUCUUUCACCCUUUUCCGGCAGAUAAUUAUCGUCAUGUGUUGAUGGAAUCCGGUGGCAUCUCUGUUUGAGGUUUAGAAAUGUGUGGGGCCAGUUGCCUGAUUGAGGGGACAAUGAGCCAAGCACAACUUGAACGCCACGACAUACAUUAGGUUCUUUAGUCCUUUGGAGGAUUAAGUUGGAUGACAAUUUUUUUACCAAUUUGCUUAUUAUUUGGAGCACUUUAUUUGAUACAACACAGGGAGAUACUAGUCUCAUGUCAUAGAAAACUAGUAUAUCAUGUCAUAGACACAAAAUAUGUAGAGCUCAUUCUUUUAAAAUAAAUAAAUAAA